AUUUGUUCCACUCCGCCCCACUUUCACCGGGUUGCUAGGCAACAGGAGUCAGGUGACUGUCUGCAGACAGAACAUGGCUGACCUGUCAGAAGACCAAUGAGGGAAAGGCCAAAUUUAGCAUAAUCGAUCUUAUUUUUUACGUCGUUCCUGACCACACUUGAUCGUCGUGGACAGCAGUUGACCGGAGGUGUUCAAGAUGAGCGGGUUGCCGGAGGGAAUGGCAAAUGGCCCAAGCAGGAGUGAUCACUUAGAGAAAGAUGCUCAGAUCUGGGAGAGGCCGUGGACUCUCGAAGAGAUGCGGCAAACCAGUGCCAACUGGUCCUUGGCAGCCGACUCGGGCCUCUUCCUGUUCCUCCAAGACUUCUCCCAGAGAAUGCUGUCAAAGACACAUGACAUCGAAAAGCAGCUUGACAGUCUGAUCCGUGACACCAAGGCCACAGACAGCUGCUUGCACUCUGUCUUCAACGACUUUCUCAUGCUUUCCAAUACACAGUUCAUCGAAAAUAGAGUGUAUGAUGAGGAGGUAGAGGAGGCUAUCCCCAAGGCUGAUGCAUUAGAGAAACAGCCUGAGCAGGAGAAAACGCGAGAGCAGAAAGAGGCAGAGUUGAUCCCCAAGAUGCAGGAAGCUGUGAACUACGGUCUGAGAGUGCUCGAGUCCGCCUUUGAACAUCUGGACAUCAAAGCAGGAAACUCUGACUCGGAGGACGAGGAGGUCACAGACAGAGUGGAGGCCAUUCUGGAGCCCAAGGAUCUUUACGUGGACAGGCCGCUUCCUUAUCUGAUCGGUUCCCAGGCCUUCAUGGAACAAGAGGAUGUUGGACUCGGUGACCUCUCAAGUGACGAAAUGUCCGUGGACAGUGACAGAGACAGCGUUAUCGAGAGCGAAGAUGGCAAAGAAGCUGUUCAUUCAGAUGAGGACUUUGAUCAGGAGGAGGAAGAGGGUCACAAUAAUAUAAGGAAGAAGUCCUCCAUGUUGAGUUAUGAGGAUGAUGAAGACGAGGAGGACGAGGAUUCUGACAUAUUCGGAGAAUCAGACAGGGACGAUGAUGACGACCCAAAGCUGUUUGCAUGUCACAUUCAGAACACAGGCCAGUCGUCGUUCGCCGAUGAGCUGGCAGCCCGAAUCAAAGGCGAGCCAGCUAACAAACCAGAAGGAGAUCGGGCAUCAUUGGCAUCUAAGAAGAAAAGUAAAAGCAGAAAAGAACCAAAGCCUGCAAAGCCCCAGGCUGCUGAAGAGGACGGUGAUGACAUGUUUAAGCCACCAAAGAUGGAUGACGACGACUUCUCCCCGUUCGGAGGGAAAAGUGGCCUCUUCAGUGGAGGGAGAGGGCUGUUCGACGACGAUGAUGAGGGUGAUCUUUUCUCUGAGGCACCAAAACCUCCUGUGUCGGAAGAGAAAAAGGUGCAGAAUGAAAGCAUGAAAAGCACAGCUCAAACCGCAGAAUCUGUCAAAUCUGGAAAGAAGAUUCCGGCAGGUGCUGUUUCAAUAUUCCCAGAUAACAGCCUGUUCAGUUCUGGGAACGACUCUGAUUCACUGGAGAACAAGGAGAACGGAACUCCAGCUGCCCCCAAACGGGUUCCUUCAGGAGCUGGUGCUGGUGGAGGAGGAGUAGGAGGAGUCAGAGGUGGGCUGUUUGAUGAUGAGGAUGAAGAAGAUGACUUCUUCGGCGGGAAAGGCCUGACAAAGUCUGACUCUGCUGGACAGGGGAAACCCAAACCCAAGAAAGCUAUAGACCUUUUUGAAGAUGAUGAUGAAGAUGGUGAUAUAUUCAGUGAGAAGUUCAGUGCACCUGCCCAGAGUAAGAAGGAGGGAGCAGAAGAGCAGGUUAAACAGCCUGAGAAGAAGAUGCCGGCAGGGGCCAUCUCCAUGUUUGGUCCUGGGACUAAAAGCUUGCUCAGUGAAGGCCUGAAAAAACGUCAGCCGUCUACCAGCGAGGAGUCUGAGAAAUCUGAGGAGAAUGGGCCCGCUCCAGAUGCUGGGAAGGCCGCGGUCAAGCAGCCUCAGAAACCGCAGACAGGAGGCCUCUUCUCGGAUGACGAAGACACACAGGUAUUUCCAACCAUCACCAAGAGCCAGUCGAAGCCUGAACCUACCAGCCAGAGCAAAACCAGCAAGGCCCCUUUGUCAUUAUUUGAUGAUGAGGAAGAAGAGGAUCUGUUUGCGUCUGCAGCUAAAUCUAAACCAAAACCUAAUCAAGCUAAAGCCUCUACACCGCAACCCAGCAAGGCCACGUCCAGCUCCCUCUUCAGUGAUGAUGAGGACCAGUGGAUGAGCUCUCAAAGUAGUGGAGGGAAGCCAGAGGUCAAGACUGGAGGGAUGAAGCCCAGUGCCAGCGCCCCCUCCAGUCUCCCCAGUGCCAAAACAUCUCACAAAGGCAGCCUCUUUGAAAACGAAGAUGAUGAUGACCUGUUUGCUCCAACAAAAGAGUCGAGUCAGAAGAAGCCUCAGAGAGUUGCUCUCUUGUUUGAAGACGAGGAUGAUGAUGAUGAUGAUGAUAAAGGAUCCCUUUUUGGCAUCAAACCUGCUGCUGUCAACACAACCACUACAGCCACGGCUGCUAAAACACCUGCUGCAGCCUCUCUAUCAUCCUCCCUCUUUGAGGAAUCAGAAGAGGUUGCAGUUUCUAGGACAGCAGCAGAGGACAAGCCUUCAGAACAGGAGAAGCCAGCAGCCAAGGCCCCGGAACCACUCUCAUCAUCGCCGGUGCCAGAGAGCAACGAAAGUAAAAAGAAGCCGGUCGGAGCGGUCAGUCUUUUCGGAGGCAUCGACGUUCUUGCCAAAAAGCCAACAAAGAGCCCGCUGGAUGAAGUUAACAGUGAUGACAGCUUCCUCUCUAAAGACAGCCCGCCACCAAUUGACAAGAAGGAGGAGAAAGUCAAAACAAACGCUGUUAGUCUGUUUGAUGAUGAGGAGGAAGAUGAGGCUGAUUGGAAUGAACCAAUAUUCACGCCCAGUAAACCUGCAGCGCAGAACUCACUAAAGCCUGCAGAAGAGCGACCACAAGCAAAGAGCACAGGUGUGUUCCAGGAUGAGGAGCUGCUGUUCAGUCAGACACAACAGAAGGACAACGAUCCAGAUGUUGACCUCUUCGCCACCUCAGGGAAAGCUGCGAGCCCCAAGCUCAGCUCAGUGAAGCCGGCAGCACAAAGUCUGUUUGCAGAUGAUGACGAAGAUGACCUUUUCAGCGCCAUCAAGCCAAAACCUCCCCCUCCGAAAGUAGCAGAGAAGCCCAGUAAACCUAAUGACAGAGCACCACUGGCAAGUCCAGAAUCUGUUUCAGAGAUUCAGAAACCUGCACCGAGUCCUGUAAAACCUAAAGAUUCCUCAUCAAGGAUUGGGAAACUUCAAGCCAAUCUGAUGAUCAACCCUGCUGCCUUGCUCCCUGGUGCUAUGCCCAGUAUGCCAGGAGCCGUUAGUGUACUACCUGGCAUGGCCCCCAGUUCCUCCUCUGGGGUUUCUAGCGCCAGUUUGAGCCCCAGCCCCACCACAACUCCUUUAGGAGCCCAGGCAGACCGCGAGGAAGGAGUGAGCUUCGACUCCCCAGUCCAGGUUACGACACUUCAGAGCGCACACAAGAGUCGUGCCAAAGUCUCUGCACAACGGAGACCCCAGUCCAGAGCAGCAAGGCAGCAAGCAGCCCAAAGAUCUAUAGCAGAUGAAGCAGAUGCCGCAGGUGGAGAUUUUCCUGGGCCAAACCGCAGUCUCUCUCGUUUAGUCUUACCUCCACCGGAUAAGUCCAGCCAGGCGCGUGCCAGUCCGACACUACCUAACUCAGCAGCCCCCACAGACCUGCCCACUUCAUCACCAUCUCAGUCUUCUGUCCCUGAAACAUCCUCCAGACCCUCUGUACUGACACUGCCAGAAUCCACAGCCGCUGGAAAGAAAGACUCUAGUAAAGACAGCAGCAAGGUGCUGCCGGCUCCUGAUGAGGACGACCUCUUCGGCUCCGACUUUUUUGGGGCCACCUCAGUCACUAACACACCCCCCAGCAAACAAACUACCAACACUACACAACCUCAUGCCAGUAGCGAUGUGGGACAGAAGAAAGACAAAAGCACACUCCCAUCCAUUUUUGACGACAACAAUGAUGACCUUUUCCAAAAGGUCAAGCCGAGGUCAACCACUAAGAAAUCCAAGGUAUCGUCCUUUUUGGAAGAAGACGAUGACGACGAGGACAUCUUUGGUGUGAGCAACAGUUCCACUCCCUCGUCCACAAGUAGUAAAGAAAUCAAGAACAGCUUUUCGAAGCAGGACAUCUUCCAGGAUGAAGUAGCCACUGUGCCUAAAGUUCAGAAGAAGCACAAAGAGAAGACCACUGAUGCCAGCUUGUUUGAUGACAACAUAGACAUUUUUGCUGACCUGACGGACACUUUAAAGCCAAAACACAAGUCCAAGACGAAGGGAGAGACCAAGUCAAUAUUUGAUGACGACAUGGAUGACAUCUUCUCCUCAAGCACAGUAAAACCAGUGAUGAAGCCUCCCCAGAAAUCAAAGAAAACGCCACCGUCUCAAGAGACCAGUACAGCCACGGAUUCAAGCAGCAUAUUUGAUGAUCCACUAAACGCUCUCGGUGGGAACUGAGCUGUUGUUUCUGAGUAGCCAGAUUUGUACAAUUGUGGAUGAAAUUCUUUUUUGCCAUUUGGAUCGCUGAAAGAUUGGAGAUCGGAAACACUGUUGAUAGAGUAUUUAUUCAUAUGAAUUCAUAUAAAUACUGUGGCUUAUUUUUGUCAGAUAAAGUCUUAAAUGAAAAAUGAUUCCACUCAUCCUUCAAACAUCACUUCUAAAAUCAUCUCGGCAUCGGAUCAUAUUAUGUAACAGGUGUUAUUAUAUACUGUUGAUCUUUAUUAUACAUGAUAGCACUUUAUAAGCAUACCCUAUGCUUAGCCUCAAAGCCUGCAGAAAUUAACAGUAAAUUGUUUUGUUUGUUUUGAAGAUGUUUAUCCUUCUGGCUUUUCUAUGUUGAGAUUUCAUGUCUUUGUGCCAUAUCAUGGUUAUGAGAAAAAGCAGUGUGUUUACUUACUGUCUUAGGCAUUUAGACAUGUUUUUAUUAAUGAGAAAUUCAUCAGUUUCUUAACUUUGGCUGUGAUGAAAAAGGAAGUUCAUUUUUAGUAACUAAAAAGAAACAUAUUUUAUGCUAUCUGAAA